GGGACAACGACAGCCGCCAUCUUGAGCUGGCCAAAUUUUCGCUACAUUACCGAUUUAAAGGGCCCAAAUAAACAAUAAAGGAAGCCAUAUAAAAGGCCCGAAGUGACACUGUUCCCAAGAUAAAAAACAAAUAUACCUUUAAAAAGUUAUUAUGAGCCAAUGACCCUUGUAUUUUAGGAGUAAUUCUGGUCGUUGUGAGGGAUAUGUAGCAACUCCGACCCCCACUAUCCCCCGCUGUGCAUAGUACAGUGCUACCCUGUACAUUGACCAAGUGUGUGGUUGUGUGUGUGUGACGCCGGCACCACCAAAACAUUUUACUCUUCAAGACACUUUCGUCCAUACGGUUUGGUCUUCUGCCACUGCAGAGGGCACCUGUUAUGCCAGAUCUCCUAAGAGGGCAUAUCGUCAACCUUUUCAAGACAGCUGUGAUCUUUUCAACCGCCAAACUGUGGAAAUCGAGCAGCUCGAAAAUGCCCCUUCCCAGCCGGGCACGAGUGUAUCCAGAUGUGAAUACACAUAGACCAAGGGAAUACUGGGACUACGAAUCACACGUAGUUGAAUGGGGGCAGCAAGAUGACUAUCAGAUAGUGCGGAAACUAGGGCGAGGCAAAUACAGUGAGGUAUUUGAAGCCAUCAACAUUACCAACAAUGAAAAAUGUGUAAUUAAGAUAUUAAAGCCUGUAAAAAAGAAGAAGAUUAAACGUGAAAUAAAAAUCCUAGAGAAUUUACGGGGAGGUACAAAUAUCAUCUCAUUAUUAGCAGUAGUCAAAGAUCCAGUGUCGAGAACACCAGCUUUGAUAUUUGAACACGUGAAUAACACAGAUUUCAAGCAAUUAUACCAGACACUCACAGAUUAUGACAUUCGGUUUUACUUGUUUGAGCUUCUAAAGGCAUUGGACUUUUGUCACAGUAUGGGGAUCAUGCAUCGGGAUGUCAAACCACAUAAUGUAAUGAUAGAUCAUGAAAAUAGAAAGUUACGGUUAAUAGAUUGGGGUUUAGCAGAAUUCUAUCAUCCUGGCCAGGAGUACAAUGUACGCGUAGCUUCACGAUAUUUCAAAGGUCCAGAACUUCUCUUGGAUUAUCAGAUGUACGACUAUUCCCUGGACAUGUGGAGUCUCGGCUGUAUGUUCGCCAGUAUGAUAUUUAGGAAGGAGCCCUUCUUCCAUGGGCAUGAUAACUAUGACCAACUUGUCAGGAUAGCCAAAGUGUUAGGGACCGAAGAGCUAUACGAAUACAUAGAAAAGUACCAAAUAGAACUUGAUCCUAGGUUUAAUGAUAUCUUAGGAAGACAUUCAAGAAAACGAUGGGAACGUUUUGUUCAUAGUGAAAAUCAGCACCUGGUAAGUCCCGAAGCCCUGGACUUCCUGGACAAGCUAUUGCGCUACGACCAUGCUGAGAGGCUCACGGCAAGAGAAGCCAUGGAGCACCCCUAUUUCUAUCCCAUUGUGAAGGAGCAAGGCCGCAUGUCGUCAAUGUCCGGCCACAGUUCUAGUUCCCCAACUCCAGUGAACAACUCAGGCCAGACAGGUAAGCUUACAGGUCCAGGACUUACGAGCGCUGUCAAUGCACAAGCCAGUUCCCCGGUCGUGCCCACCACGGUGUCGCCUUUACCAGCCAACACCACUGCACAGACCUGAUGUACCGCCGCAGAACCUAGUAGAAUUUCUCCAAAUAAAAUAUAACAAAUCCGAUGAUAUUGUAACAAAAUGAACUUCAAAUUUUUCUAAAUGAAAUGAUUGUAAUCUCUCACUUGUUGGGUCACUGAGGGAUGCUCGUCAUGCGCAAUGGAUUGCGAGGAUCAAGAUGUCUCAAAGGAAUUCAACAGCAUUCGAGUCUGAGAUUGUUCGUUUGGUUCUAAGAAAGACAAUCUGUAUAGGGCACAUUUUGCUAUGCUCACAAUCUGGCAAGUAGUACGAACCAAGCAAAGAAUGAUAUUAAUUGUGUCCCUCUGUUCUCGUAAAUGCUUUUUAUACUUCAGUAAAUCAGAAAGAUAUUCAGUUCCUUUCUAAAGAGAGAAUUACUGUGAUUUCUCACUUUGUGGCUGAUGUGUACACUGGCCAGGUUGUAGAUCCAGGGAAAUUCAAUAAGGGGGCUAUGAUGUUAACUUGAUAGUUGAGUGUGUAGCAUAUUGGGUUAAAAUCGGUUUUGUAGUGAUGGACAACGCAGAAGAAAUGGCAUUGAAAUGAAUCUGAAGGUAGCAAGACACAAGUUUGCCGUUGAACGCAUUGAUACUGGACCAUUUUUACAAAAAGCUAAUGACGGUGUUUUGAAUUGAUGGCAUUCAACAAAUCUGGAAAAUUCGAGAGAGGAGGUUUCAGUCGUCCUACAAGUUGAGUGGUAAAUGUAGUCCUUUUGGGUGCUAGUAAAUGCGUGGAAUGAGGAGAGAGGGUACUGGUCAUGCCAGCUCAAGUGCUGUGCGAUUAAGCAAUUUGUCGCUGUGACUGGCGACAGUGCCAUGACAACAUGAGGAGUGUGACCAAUCACCGAACGUAUUUUAAACACAAUAGUGAUGUUGUCGUGGCUCCAGUGCAGUUCGCAGUGAUAUCAAUUGCUUGUUUGUCUAGCUCUUCAAUUCAAAUGUUUGGGGUCAAAGACCUGGUAUUGUUGUCAAAUAGAAUGUCAGUGGAUGAAAUGAACUAAUAAAGUGCAACAUUUCAUUCAUUUAUUGGCUUCGACUCUUUCCACUGCAGUAAGUUCCUAUAAAAUUGCUCCGUGCUGAAAAAGGAACAUUCAGCUGCUUGCCACAUUUCGAGGAACUUUCCCCCGCCUGCUAAAUUGGUUUUAGAAUGUUAUUUAGUUGACCAUAAGAUAUGUAAAUUAUUUCAUGUGUAUGUAUUGUUCUUCCUGCCACACCAUGGCCGGCAUAUUUUCGGUCGAAAAAAACUGGCCGUACCUGAGUAACAAGUCCUCUUUGCAUCAAAAAGAUGAUUUGUAUAUUGUUGUGUGGUGUUGUGGGCGAACUUCUAUAUCUGAGGCAGACUACUUCACGUGUUAUAUUAUAUUAUAAUCUUGGAUCAUAUUUCAAUGGUGGGACUCCUGAAAUUCAAACUUACUUAAUGUGAGCGAUGUAUCCUGUGAAAGACCUCGUCCUCUGAAAUAACAUGAUGGUGGCAACGUCAUCCCAAAACUACCAAAUCAAGAUUUGCAUUUCCACUGAGUUGAUGGGUUCCUUCAUGGUGAUAAGCAAGUUAUUUCACGCUGCAUGUGUAUUUGUCUUUUAAGUAGUUUCAGUUUAAAGAUUAUGGAUGUGACUGAGACUAAUCCUACAUCCCUUGGGCUACUUCUUGGUAUCCUUAAGAGUGUUAUACAUAACUUGGCACAUUGCGCACUCAAUGUGUUAGUAGAUAGACUUCUGAAGAUUGCUUCAUAGGUCUUGAAAUUUUGGAAAAUGUUCAGAAUCAUUGGUAAUGAGGUAAUAUUUUCUAAAGUGUUAACAUUUGCUCUAAAGUUGUCAGGACGUGAUGUUGUGUAGCUGCGCGUGUUCCCUGUUGCCUCUCAUUAUCGUCUGGUCAGACACGUCACUGCUGAGUAAUGCCUCUGAAUCCUCAAUCAUGCUCAAAGAAAACAAUUGGUAGGAGUUGGUCAUUUCUGUACGAUACUUUGGCAUGAAAUUAAUUUUACUAAAUACAUUUCUGAAUGCACCAUGGGGACUACCAGUUUUACAUAGGGUGAACUACGUGUCAGUACAUGAAAUUAUGCAAACUUCAGGUCUAAUUAUGUGCUUGAAUUUGAAAGGGAACUUCAUCCCUGAAAACAAGUCUGAAGUUUGGAUAAUUAAACUAUUUGUUAUUUUGAUUAAAUUGCUGUAACAAAUGUGUCGGUAGUCCUACACGGGUUAUUAAACUAUGUCCUCUGUUAUAUGGUACCCUCAACUGUUGUAUCAGUUCCAAGUGCUAAAUUUUCAUAACCUCUCUUCUUCAUUGUGUAAUAUUUUCUUAAGUCCUUAAUUUUUAUCCGAGCAUAGUGGUGUACUCCUUGUUUGUUUGUUUACCUUGGUCGCAGUGAUUUAACUUUGUUGUGGAUUUGAAGAUUUAACGCAUUUGGUUGAUGUGAAAUGACUAAAACACAUCCAGUGGCUAGUCUCGUUAUGAGGGAUUUGCCAUCAUAUCCCAUUCCUAGUGAAUGAUCAAUUUACCAAUAUUGCUUGGCAGUUCAAUGCAUUUAACAACCAUAAUGAAAUCAAUUAUGUUAAUGUAAACACGUAAGAAUGAAAUGAGCAGUCCUGCUAUACUCCAGAUGGUGACAUCAUUGGAUUUAAGCAAAUUACCUAUCAUGUGGUAGGUUGAAGUGGGCGAUGGGUACAAAGAGUAAAAUUUGAUGUGGAUGUUUCUGCUAGACUUGAUGUUGCCUGAAAUGGUUGGAUGUGGUUUGUGGGAAGAAUUGGUUGAAGUCCUCUGGUUUUCAGGUUUAACUCUUAAGUGAACAAGUACAACACACCUAGUGAGUGGAAGGUCACUGGUAGCCAAUGGGUUUAAAUUAGUGCACUUUUGACUUCUCUGUUGAUAAAUUUCAUUGAUGUCACUGAAUACUUGAAGAGUUAAACUGAUGCAAUAUCUUGGGUAAAUACAGCAUCUUGGUCCUCUUGGGAGUUAUUUCAUGCUAGAUCAAGGUAGCAUAAUAAUUAUCAUGUCAGCUGUCAUUUAUUUGGUGAACCCUGAAUUAAACUUCAUUUCAAACUAA